AUGAAAGAGAAGUCUGUCAUCAUUGGCUUGCCUGUGGUACCUUUUAACCAGUCAAAACAUUCAGAUGUGUGCCAGUAUCUUCAGUACAUACAAAACCUUCUUGUUGACAUCUACAAGCCAGAGGUACAGUUUGUUUUACUGAUCUUUGUCUGCUGAAAUCCUUUGAAAGUCAUUUGUGUUUAAUCUUAUUUACCAGUGACUAUAUAUAUAAUAAAGAAAUUAAAACAUUAUAGAGAUCUAUACGUUUUAUUAAUCACGUAAAAAAAAUUAUAGAGUAAUGUAUUAUUAACAUACCCUUGCUUUUCAGUGAUGUUAAUGUAGCUGAUUUUAAAUAGAUGACAUGGGCAUAUAAGCCAGCCCAUAAACCAGUGGGCCCAGGCCUACAAAUUUUGAUCACUCUACCACCUGUUAUCAAUUAUUGUGUGUUGUUGAGGUGAGCUCAAGAGCCCAGUGACUGUGAUGGUGAGAUCAGUGUGUUCUAGUCAUGAGAGCAAUCAACAGUGAGCAUUUUUUUAGGUUAUGUGGAAAUGAAGGUCAGCCAGGCCUACAACAAGUCAAAAAGCAGAGGCUAAUUGCCCCUGGAUGAUUGCAUAAAAUAUGCACUGUUUUUCUUUUUGCUUUUAUAGCCAUUGUUUAACACACAAAAUGGAACAUGGACUCCUGCAGUACUGAAAUAAUGGAAAUGUUUAUUUCUUUCUAGGCCCAGCAUGGACCAAUAAAUGCAGAUGAGAUUUUAAGGAAUGUUAAAGUGCCUCUUGUAGGGGACCUACUUGGAAGGGAACGCGUGACUGGUGCUAAGAAAACCAGACUAGGAUGUGACAGUCCAUCUGAGAGGUUUCAAAACAUUGUUGAAGCACCAGCACUUUGGCACACAAAGCAGUCUUUCCUUGGUGUAAGUAAAUUGAGGAUAUAACUUCAAAAUUGAUGUAUAUGCAUUCCUUGUUUUGUAUUGACACUUAAUGGUAUUUAAACAUGUAUUGAAAUCUUUUAAAGUUCUCUAACACUAGACAUUCAUGUUAACUGCCUAAACAUAUAAUUAAACAUAUUAUUAUAUUAGAUAACAAGAUGAGAUAAUUUUCCUAAUACAUGCAUGUACAUUUAUUACAAAAUUACUUAAUUUUAUAAGUCUACUUAAAAGAACAUGAUCUGACCCCAGUUUCAUGAAACUUUUUACUUUGUCCUGAAGUUACAAUCAUAUAGUUAUUAAAUCUACUUUACUUGACAACAGUGACAUAUUAAAUUUACCUUCAUCAUGAAGCAUAAAUAAUAUGAUAACCUAAAACAACACGAUUUUCUAGUUUUACAUGUUGUAAGCCCUGAUGACCUGUAUAUGUAAAUAUAUAUUUUACAUAAAAAAAGUAAGCCACACAGCAUACAUGACAGGUGACUCCCUAUAACUCAACCCCUCACUAACUUUAACCUCCCGCUAACUCGAUGGCUUGAGGUGCUUGCUUGAAUUGGAGUGUGCAUGAUAAUUAUUGCAUAUUUCCCUCCCUAUCCAUUUGCUAAUUUUGUUUAUUUUCAGCUAUUUGGUUCAAACUCCUGAUAACUCCAUAACUUGAACAUUCAUUGAUUUCCCUAGAAGGUUCGAGUUAUUGGGAGUCAAUUAACUGUCAUUUAUAGUUGAUGUUAUUUUUUUUUCUUUACUAUUAAUCAGUUUAUUUGGGAGCAACUGUAUCAGCCGACAGCUACAGGUGGACGAGAACAAGGGACCCUGUAUCACUUAAGACAGCUAUUCAAGUUGGUCAAUGUACCACCCAGUGUAAAGAAGAACUACUCUGCUUGUGAAGCCUUAAUGCUUUCAGCCACUAAGGCAUACCUUUGCAGUGCCUUUAUGACUUGGGCUCAAAUUUCAAGCACAGAUGACUCUCCUUCGUGGUUUGAUGAAAUUAAGAGCAAAGAAGAUCCAUCAGCAAAAUGGGCAAGCCUUCAGGAACAACUUGGGAAAUUUGUUGACGAAUUUGUCAUGAUUGAGUUUGACAUUGAAAAAACUUGGCGUGAACAACUAGAACAAAGAAGGCAGCAAAGGGAGAAGCAAAUGAUGGGUCAUGAGAGUGCUGUUACCGGCCAAACGAUUACAGCAGACCGUCAUCAAUCCCAUAAUGCAGCACAAGAUGCAAAGACACCUGGUUUGUGAUAAUUUAACCUUAGGGCAAUUCUUUUUUUGUCACAUUUUUUCCCCUUUAAGCAGAAAAAUGUAAAUUUCACUUGCUUCAUUAAAACACUGUACAUGUAUUACUGGAAAUACAAAAGCUGGCACAUUUAUCAGGAAAGAAUAGAAAUACAAAAAAAAAUCAUAAAAUAAAAUAUCUUACAAUAAUUUAAAUUGUCAUCAGAACAUAUUUUUCUUCUUUGAGUAACGAAAAAAAGAAAUCAAAUAAUUUUUUUCAAAAGUUCAAUGGUGCUAAAUACGAUUUCCUGAGUUCUAUGUCUACUUUAUAGUGAAUUCAAUCCAUCUGUAAGGUGUUGCUUCACUGUAUCAGCUGUGUUUUUGGACUGUGGUUGUGUCAAAUAUAGAUAUACUCUAUGUAUAACUAAGAACAAUUUCCAAUCAUUCAGGUGGAUAAUACCAAGAUAAAAUUAAAACAAUAUAUCUUUUAUAUUCAUGGCUUCACUCGAUUUGCAUUUACUUAUUAUAGAUUUAUUAUUAUCUAGCUGCUUAAAGGCUGUACAACAUACUUAUAAUAAGACAAGUAUAAACUGUACAAUAAUCAGAAAAUCGCCAAUUAAUAAUAUAUAAGACCAAAAGAGGAUUGAAAGGUGUGGUUCGAAUUGUCUGUUUUCCCAGCCUUUGCCUUUUUUAUCUGUUUCAAUUAAAAUGACUGUGAUUUCAUUUUUUGGCAGGAGCCAUUGUUAUAUUGCUUCAGGGAUCUCCCGCAAAUUACAAAGUUCUAGGAGUUGGUAAGGUCGUUAGUUUGCAAGGAACUCAAUUGCAAGUACCAAGUGAUUGUGCACCAGUCCAUGUUGUCUCAACUAAAUCCUGUGCCACUGGCAUUCUGGUGCCAGGUCAACUUGUACUAUGGCCAAUUGCCAUGUUGGCCUUGUAUACACCUCCCGGUACUGCACAGGACCAAAAUGGCAGAAAUAUUGUUUCUGGUAUUCCCUCAGAUAGUCAAGAUGACAGACUUUUUAAUUACGGGCUACAGGUUCUUCAGCUUGGAGUUAUGUUGAUGCAAUUAAAUGACACAGAAUGUGAAGGAGAUGGUGGUCGCAGUUUGAUCAACUGGAAAAUGUUGCUACUAUACUUUAGGUGCCGUCCAAGGGGUAUGAAGUAUGCCUAUGAAGCAAUGCGCUUCAUCACAUGCAUCAAAGCAUUGUACUCUGAGAAGACUGCUCAUAGAAUAUUGCAUGGGCAAUUUGUUAAUCCCAGGGGGGGUGAAGGAAAAAAUUAUGCCAAUGAUCUCAAAAUGGAGCACUGUAUCCAAGACAACAAACAGUCAAUGAGGGCAAUGCGAGGUAACAAAACUCUUAAGGCAGUGCAGAGGUCAUCAUCUUCCUCAUAUGGUCAGAAGGAGUUCUGUGUCCAUUUUGAUAGAGAGUGUGACAUUCCACCCGAUUCCACUCGCCACACCCAUGCCUGCACUACAGAAGAUGUAAGAGCGAUGAUAACCAUUAUUCAGCAGACAAAACCUUUCGUCUUUACAGCAGGAAGAAAGCUGCUUUCAUUUCCACAAGUUUCAAAGAGCCCACUUGACAAACUGAAUGUUUCGCUUCUUCACAGCUGGUUAUCGAACCACAAAUGUAAGCUUUUCAAUGGGGAGUUUGAAUUGAAUGAAGAGUCAGCAGAAGAGGAAGGGGUAGAAGACAGUGGAGAUGAACAUGAUGAUAGUUCUGAAGAGGAUGUCUGA